AUGGAACAGAACGAGAAGCUUAGCGAUCGUCAGUACUGUUUCCGAUCCCAACGAUCUACCGGUGAUCUUCUGGCACUCAUUUCGCAUACAUGGUCAGCGGCACUUGGCAACCAUGAAGAAACCCACAAGGUGUCAUUUGACGAUGAUAAGGCGGAAUUGCUGUUAUUACACAAUGUGUACAGAGCGAAACUUCUGAAUUGUACGGUUCCCGGACAACCCCCAGCCGCGCAAAUGCCCAAAAUGACAUGGAACGAUAAACUUGCCGAAAAGGCGCAAACAUGGAGUGACAAAUGUAAAGUUGGUCACGACAAGAAACAGGAUAGGUUAGUGGCUCCGUUCAGAUGGGUCGGACAGAACUUUGCUGGUAAUCCAUCAGUGGAAAACGGAUUCUACGCAUGGUUUGACGAGCAUAAGAAUUACGAUUAUGCUAACAAUAAUUGCACGAAAGUUUGUGGUCACUACACUCAGGUCUUGGGCGAUAUCUGCCCGAAUCAGGCUGUGGGAGGACCCGGUAUCUAUCAGGCCGGAUAUGGUUCUGUUCUGGAAUGUCAGUGGUGCGGUGAGGGACGACGUGUUGGGCGAAGUUGA